AUGCGUGCAUACAUUACAGAAAUGAGAGACAUUGUUUCUCAACUUAAAGGCUUAAAGAUAGAGAUAUUUGAGCCAUUCUUGGUCCAUUUCAUCCUUGACUCACUGCCAUCUGAAUAUGGACCUUUCAAGAUCUCUUAUAACACACAUAAGGAAAACUGGUCAGUUACGGAUCUUCUGACCAUAUGUGUGCAAGAAGAGGAAAGGAUGAAGCAUGAUCGACCUGAAAGUGCAAAUAUGGUCGUGAAUGAUAAAGUUAAGACCGAGAAGGGCCAAAGUGGACCUCAAAAGAAAAGGAAGCAUAAUGUGCUAUCAAAAUCCAAUGGAUCUAAUGGCAAAAAGGUGACCUGCUUCUUUUGCAAGAAAGAUGGACAUGUAAAGAAGAGUUGCAUCAAGUAUAAAGAGUGGCUUGAAAAGAAAGGGUUUUCUCACCAGAAGGAAACCAACAACAAGUGA